GCAGCAGCUUUAUCCUCCCCCCCCACCGGGGCUCGCAUGGAGCAUGCGCAGUUUCAGCUGCUGAACCCCGCCCUUAGCUGGGCUGGAGAGGACGGAUGCGCCCCCGGGGCAGGCUGGGAGAUGUAGUUCCGGACUCUCCGUGGAGCGGAAGUGAUGUCAGCUAGGGAGACGGAGACGGAGGGGGAAUGCGCGGGGGUCGGUGCGAUUUUGUCUGGCCCCUGCGGGGCCGUUGGAGCUGCUCCCGGGCGGAGAAGGGUUUCCAACGUGAUGACUCUCUCCAGCUCGUACUAGCCCCUUGUGGGAGACCUGGGCCCUGUUAAUACAAAUUCUACCACAGACUCCAGGUAACUGAAAGACCUCAGGGAAAGUGCUGGGGUCUGGCAAGAAAGUGACUCUGCACAAACAGUCGUUCCUCAUUUCUCCUCCCAUUAGCAAUUGCCAGGAGAAAAUCCAGCCAUGAGAGGGCAAAGCCCCCAGGAAUGGGACGUUCCCAGCCAGAGGGGCCAGGGAGAGAGGACAGGGGAAGGAGAGACGGAAAGGGGCAGUGGGAGAAAUGAGUUGGGGGAGAGAUUUCCAGCUCUGUAGUCCACCAAGCGCAUGUAUUGCAGCAUCGCUGGGGAGAAUCACUUUCCAAUGAACAGAAAAAGGCUCAGACAGAGGAAAAGCCAGUUCCUGACUCCAUAUUCCCCCUGUUGGGGUGUGACUGCUGUGGGGUCAGUGUCCGAGGGAAUCCCCCAGAGUGACUCCUUUGGUUCUGCUCUUUUCUAGCCUUGUGUUCAGAGACUUUGUUAUGGGAUGAGGGGAAGGACAAGGGAGGUUAAAAAUGUCUCUGUGGGCUUAGCCUGACAGGAGGGGCCAGGUCUACACUGUAAUAAAGAGAUCAAGUAUGUUCCCAACACGGCAGAGUCUAGGAUGUCUGUCUGGAGGGAGAGGGCCUGGGAGAAUUGUGAUGUGAAAUUACCUAAAGCCUGUUCUGUAACCUCCACAACUGCCCUUCUCGCCCUGCCAGGGCUGCAGAAUGGCUUCCAUGUUUUUCUCCAGCUCAUCCCAUCCUCCCAUGGGACAGAGGAGAGAAAUGGCUGCAGUGCAGCCAGCUCAGGGGCCCGUAACCUUUGAGGAGCUGGCUGUGUAUUUCAUCAGGGAAGAGUGGGCUCUGCUGGUCCCCACUCAGAGAGCCCUCUACUGGGAUGUCAUGCAGGAGAACUAUGAGAAUGUGACCUCACUGGCUGGUACAAGAACCCGCAAGAGGAGAAGCAACUCUCCAUUUAGUCCUGAGUGGAGCGCAGGAUCUUGUCCAAGAGCUUCCCUGGGACUCUCUCUCUUUAUCUCUGGAUCUGUCUGUCAGCAGGAAGCAGAGCCAGGGAGACUUGCCCUCUGUCUGGAGACUUCGAUUUCUGGGACGUGGAUUUACUUUCUCUGUGUUUUAGGAGACUUUGAAAUUGAGUGUCUGUGACAUUAAGCACAGUACAAUCUGGAGUCUUGAACAGCUAUGUCCCCUCAGUUCCCCAGGCUGGGGUGCCUUUUACACUGCUUUACUGUGAGAGCAGCCACUCCUGGGCAGUUAACACGCACUCUCCAGCAUAUAUCUCGCUCCCAGCUACACAGUAUUGGCGCUGCUCGUCAGCAACUCCCGAAUGACAGUACCCACCGGAGAACCCCAGAAAAUUCUCUGCUUCCAGACAUCCCCCAGAAAUGUGCAUCUUGUCCUGUCUAGCACACUACUGAACAAUGAAAGCUCAUAUGAAAUCUGUUAUUUCAUCAAUGGAAAAUGACAUGCACCAGCCUUGUUAUUCCAAAUGGAGUUUCCAACACACUUUAAUCCAACCACACUGGUUAGAUAAAACAAUAAACCAAGAUUGUUCACUACUGGAAAAAAAAAAAAGAUUUUCAGUGCCUACAAGUAAUGAGGCAUAAAAGUCAGACUUGUUUACAAAAGAAAUGCAAGAGAAAAUACAAACUAAUGUUUAACAUAACAAGCUAAAACGUAUUUAAAACAAAUGUUUCUCUCACCAUGUGCUGAGACAGGCUGGCUUUCCUUUCGGCCAGGAAUCCCUCUAACCUGCCACUGCUGCCCACAUUCAGUUCUUCAGGAGUUGUCAUGAGCAGAGGGAAAGGGGAGAGAGACUCAUGCAUUUUCCUCACCUCUUUUUAUAAUUCAGUCCUUUGUACUAGAAACAAAUUUCGUUCUCAGCUGAGUCAUGGUGACAGGCUGUCGUAGAUAUGAGCUUCAAGUGGUCCCUGUGAUGGAAUGUAAAUGUCUUCUUCACACCUUCCCCCUCCUGGAGUAUGGCUGUUUGACCAGCUGUUUGCCUUGCUUUCUCUGAGAACUUAGUGUUGCAACUUUUUCAGUGAUAUCAUACCGUAAAAUCUCAUCACUUUGCAUACAGUGUUGCUACACGUUUUAAGGAUGCUAUUCAGUAAAUUCUGUCUUUUCAAAUGUUACCUCACUAGUCAUACAGUGAUAAAUACAUGGGAGGAGUGGGAUCUCCCUUUUAUAAACACCCAGCCAGCCAGAUUGCUGUAAAAUCCAUUUUGGUGUGACUUCUCUGCUUGCUUUACCUGUAAAGGGUUAACAAGCCCACAGGUAAAAGAAAAGGAGUGGGCAUCUGACCAAAAGAGCCAAUGGAAAAGCUAGAACUUUUUUAAAUGGGACAGUAACUUCCCCUUUGUCUGUUGUUCUCUGGAGAAGGGAGGCGACACGGAGUAGCAAUGCUGUGUAUGGCUUGAAGCAGGUUUGAAAAUUAAUCUUCCAUACCUAGAAGAAAUGAUUUGGACAGGGAAUGUUUAGACAGACACAAUCAGGUUUAUAUUUUUUAAUUUGGCUUUUGGAGCUCCUCUGUGCUAUCCCAGAUGCUUUUGUUUGCUUCUAAGCUUUAAGCUGAGCCCCCAGGAAAGCUAUUUUGGGUGCUUACAAAAAUUGUUUCUUUUAAAAUCUAGCAAAAGCCUAAGUUCGAGAUGUAUUGUUUUCCUUUUCAAUUUUAAUAAAAUUUACCUCUUUUAAGAACAGGAUUGGAUUUCUGGUGUCCUAAGAGGUUUGUGCAUGUUGUUUAAUUAGCUGGUAGCCACAGCUCAUCUCCUUUGUUUUCUUUCUCAGCUCUUUCCCGGAGGGGACAUGAAAGGGCUUGAGGGUACCCCAGAGAGAAGAAUUCUCAAGUGUUCCUUCCUGGGUCCAAGGGUUUGGGGUUUUUUUGAAUUUGGGUGAUGGCAGCAUUUACCAAGCCAAGGUCAGA